UGGACACAACAGAGGGGAGGGAUUACUCGUUCUUCAUAAGACAGCAGACACACUGAGUGCACUCAGCGUAGUUUACACACUUGCACAAAGAGAGAAAGCAUUCUUACGACAUGGGUAUUCACGGAUCCAAGCAUCAGAAACAAGCACAAGUCCUGAUGCUGGGCCUGGAUGGAUCAGGAAAGACCACGCUGCUUUACAAGCUGAAGUACAACGAGAGUGUGGUGACAGUGCCGACUGUGGGUUUCAAUGUAGAGACACUGGAGACGGACAGGAGCAGCCCGGCACUGAUUGUGUGGGACGUCGGGGGCCAGAAGAAGAUGAGGCCCCACUGGAGGCAUCACUACACCGACACAGCUGGAGUGGUGUUUGUGGUGGAUAGCAGGAACCUGAAACGGUUGGACGAGGCCCGCAAGGAACUCCAUCGGGUUCUGAGGUAUGAGAGUCUCAGGGAGGUUCCUCUCUUGGUCCUCGCCAACAAACAGGACCUACCCGGAGCUCUGAGCCCAGAGGAGCUUUGCCUGAAACUUGAUUUGAGAAAAGUGUGCGAAGGCAGGGCCUGGUACAUCCAGCCGUGCUCAGCCACAACUGGGAUGGGACUCGAGGAAGGUUUCAGGAGGAUAGUGUAUCUCAUGAAGACCCCACUGAAACGGACUCAAGAGGACAUUAAGGUGAAGAUGAGGUCUAAAGGCUUCAGUGUCACGGCUAUGAAACAAGCCUUGCUCUGUGGCAGCUGAUGGAUGAAGACUUUCUUUAGUUUUAUUCAUGCGCCGUGCAGGAUUUCCCCCUGCCUGCCUCUGCAACACAUCACCGAAUGGCCUCACUGAGUCACAGUCAGAGGGCAAUAGUCAGAGAUAAGAGUGCGUAUCACACUGAGGGCAGAGUAUCCUCGGAUUGUGACUGCAGACCACUAGUAUUCUGUGAAAAAUCUUGGAUUAGCAGAUUAUGGGAAAACAGUCUCAAGAUGUCAUAGGCAAAAAUGUAGCCUGAUAAUAUGUAAAAAAGCUGAUAGCAGUUGGUGGUUGUGCAAGUUUUCUCGGCUCAGCUGUGCACUUAACGUGUUUAUCUUUUAAUCUGUUAUUUGUGUUAUUGUUAUUGUCACAAUAUUAAAAUAUUCAGAGUUAGUGGUAGAUUAUCUUCAU